GUUAUAAGCAAAUUCUAUCGGCGGGUUAUUGACAACCAACCUCCCCGCAAAGAUCAUGUCACCCAUACUGCAGACUACCACGCCAAUGCACUUUCUUAACCCCAAUAAAGAUGCAUUAGUUGCUGAUUUUGUGGGAAAACCACUCAAUGCUUUGAGAACACCCGCCUUCAUCGUGGACCGCGCGGUGUUCGCAGAGAACUGCAGGAAGAUGCACGAGAAUGCCAGAAACUGGGGAGCAACUUUUAGGGCACACUUGAAGACACACAAGACAGUCGAAGGAACGAAAUUGCAGCUAGUUUCGGAUACCGGCAGAGCUUCCGCGGUCGUUGUAUCGACACUCAUGGAAGCUUGGGGAGUCGUGCAAGGUGGUCUCGUAGCGGACGGUACAGUCAAAGAUAUUCUGUACGGCCUUCCAGUUGGAUUGAACAAGUUGGAUGAUCUGUCUGCUCUACAUGCUGAGAUGACAAAAUACGGGGGAACCGUCCGUAUUCUCUUAGAUCAUUUAGAUCAAGUGAAAUUUCUGGAAGAAUACGAGAGGAAACAAGAGCACCCGAAGAAAUGGUCUGCGUUUAUCAAGAUGAAUGGCGGUCUAAAGCGAGCCGGGAUACUUCCAGAGCCCGUGUCUUUCAAGGCAUUCAUGCGGAGGGUGUUUGCAUCUUCAGCAAUUUCGGAAGCUACCUCGUAUUUAACAGGGGAAGUGCGUCUUACCAAUGACGCGGCGGCCAUGGCCAUGGAAGUUCUGGCAGAGUCAGAUAGCAGAGAGGUCAACAAUCAGCCAUUCGUCCUGUCCGUGGGAUCCACUCCGACUGCUCUCAGCGCAACCGCGGAAGCCAAGCUGAAGAUGACAUCCAUACUCAAUGGAACACUGGAGCUUCAUACAGGAAAUUACACCAUGCUCGAUCUCCAGCAGCUACACACAACCUUGAUCGGCCGUCCACAGAUCUCCCAGAAGGUCUUGGUCACCGUCAUUUCAUACUACCCCGGAAGAGGAAGUGACGGGCAAGACGAGGCCAUGUGCGAUGCUGGUGCCAUAGCUAUGAGCAAAGACACGGGUCGUAUUCCAGGUUUCGGGGAGGUCGUUGGCAAGUCAUGGAAGUUGGGAAGAAUUUCACAGGAGCAUGGUAUAUUGGUGCAAGUUCCCCCAGACCUAGAGUCAGGUCGCACAGAUCCUACGUUGAAGAUCGGAGAUACUAUCGAGAUUGUUGGGCAGCACGCUUGUUUGAUAGCCGCUGCUCACCCGUGGUACUACAUCGUCGAUUCGGGUGAAGGAGGUGACAAAGUGGUUGACGUCUGGGUCCCAUGGAAGGGCUGGUAGUUCUAGGACCCUGAAAGGGUACUGGUCCAACGAUUUCUUAUAUCCACAGAACCGUUCCGUAUGUGUGACUGUAGCGAGCGUGAAUUGUCCACAGACAGCUAGGCAUAACACAUACCAU